CCCCAUUGGUCGCGGGCGGCGGGAGCGGCGCGGUCGCGUGCGGGCGGCGGCGGCGGUGGCGGCGGCCGAGGCCGGGCGAGGGUCAUGUUGAGCCUCGCGGCCAAGCUGGUGGCCUUCUUCUGGAGGACGGCGGACACCCCUAGGGAGGAAACUGGGCGGCUGGAGCCCGAGCUCGCGGAAGGUGACACUAAGCUGAAAACUGUACGGGGUGUCGUGACAAGGUACUGCAGCGAUUAUGGCAUGAUUGAUGAUUUGAUCUACUUCUCCAGUGAUGCUGUGACUAGCAAAGUGCUUCUGAAUGUUGGACAGGAAGUGAUUGCAGUUGUGGAAGAAAAUAAAGUGUCCAAUGGACUGAAAGCAAUCAGGGUAGAAGCUGUCUCUGAUAAAUGGGAAGACGACAGCAGAAACCAAGGCAGUCCCUCAGACUGCAGUCCCCGAGUGCUGAUUGGCUGUGUGACUUCUCUGGUGGAGGGCGCAGGCUGUAUCAGUCAGACCACCUACUUCUCUCUGGAGAGUGUGUGCGAAGGCUUCGAGCCCUGCAAGGGAGACUGGGUAGAGGCUGAGUACCAGAUCCGGCCCGGCACAUGGAACAGCGAAGCCACCUCGGUGAAGCCGCUGAGAUACAAGCGCGUGGACAAGGUCUGCAUCUCUAGCCUCUGUGGAAGGAACGGGGUGAUUGAGGAAAGCAUCUUCUUCACCUUGGACUCCUUGAAACUGCCAGACGGGUACACACCCCGGAGAGGUGACAUGGUCAAUGCAGUGGUGGUGGAGAGCAGCCAGUCGUGCUACGUCUGGAGGGCGCUCUGUAUGACCCUAGUGAAGAGGCGAGACGCCGCCCCCGUUCAUGAGGCCACUCAGUUCUAUGGAACCAUUUUGUUGAAGAACAAAGGUGAUAUUGAAGUUACACAGAUGACACAUUUUGGAACCCUAAAGGAAGGAAGAAGUAAAACUAUGGUGAUCUGGAUAGAGAAUAAAGGAGACAUUCCUCAAAACUUAGUCAGCUGUAAACUGGCUGGCUGGGAUCAAUCUAAACAAUUCAGAUUUCAAAUGCUGGAUAAAGACCAGACGUGCCCCAUAGUAUCUUUUGUUUCUGUUUCUGAGAAGGAGGAUUCAUCAGAUGAAAAUGUUAAUUCAUUAAAUAGCCACACAAAAAACACAAUCUCUCAGAUGUCAGAGAACGGUUUGGUGAACAACAGAGGAAUCUCUCCAGGUGAUUAUACCUGUAAAGGAGAAAAUGGAGAAAAAGACAUUCUCUCAAGGAAGCAGAUGACAGAGCCCGAGCCUGGGGGGCUUGUCCCUCCAGGGGGAAAAACCUUCAUUGUGGUCGUAUGUGAUGGAAAAAAUCCUGGCCGCUGCAAGGAGCUCCUUUUGCUUUGUUUUUCCGAUUUCCUGAUUGGGCGAUACCUUGAAGUAAAUGUUAUCAGUGGGGAGGAGUCACUAAUUGCUGUGCGCGAACCAUUUUCUUGGAAAAAGCUUAAAAGUUCACAAGCAUUAACAUCCGCAAAAACGACAGUUGUUGUGACCACACAGAAAAGGAACUCAAGACGACAACUUCCAAGUUUUCUUCCACAAUAUCCAAUCCCAGAUAGACUUAGAAAAUGUGUGGAACAAAAAAUUGACAUCCUGACUUUCCAGCCAUUACUUGCAGAGCUUCUGAACAUGUCAAAUUACAAGGAGAAGUUUUCGACUUUGCUGUGGCUUGAGGAGAUUUAUGCAGAAAUGGAACUGAAAGAGUAUAACAUGAGCGGGAUCGUCUUGAGAAGGAAUGGGGAUCUGCUGGUUCUGGAGGUCCCAGGGUUGGCCGAAGGGAGACCUUCUCUAUACCCAGGUGAUAAACUGAUUUUAAAAACUCAAGAGUACAAUGGACAUGCCAUCGAAUACAUCAGCUAUGUGACUGAGAUUCAUGAAGAAGAUGUAACUCUUAAAAUUAAUCCAGAAUUUGAACAAGCCUAUAACUUUGAACCUAUGGAUGUGGAAUUCACAUAUAAUAGGACUACAAGCAGACGGUGUCACUUUGCACUUGAACAAGUCAUCCACUUAGGUGUAAAAGUGUUGUUUCCAGAAGAAAUUAUUUUACAGUCUCCCCAAGUGACAGGAAAUUGGAACCAUGAACAAGACAUCAAAAGCAAUGGACAGUCUACUAGCAAAAAGAAUGGGAAAACGAUGACGGACCAAGCUGAACAUGGAACAAAGGAGAGACGUGUUGGUGACAAGGACCUGCCGGCGCUGGCGCCCUUUACUGCAGAGAUGAGUGAUUGGGUAGAUGAAAUUCAGACCCCUAAAGCAAGAAAGAUGGAGUUUUUCAAUCCGGUGCUAAAUGAAAAUCAGAAGUUAGCAGUUAAAAGGAUUCUGAGUGGCGACUGCCGUCCCCUCCCAUAUAUUCUCUUUGGACCUCCUGGGACUGGAAAGACAGUGACAAUAAUAGAGGCUGUUUUACAGGUACACUUUGCCUUGCCGGACAGUCGGAUUUUAGUCUGUGCGCCCUCCAACAGUGCCGCUGACCUCGUGUGUCUGCGGCUGCACGAGAGCAAGGUGCUACGGCCAGCCACUAUGGUCCGGGUGAACGCCACCUGCAGGUUUGAGGAGAUAGUUAUCGAUGCUGUCAAACCGUAUUGCAGAGACGGAGAAGACAUCUGGAAAGCCUCACGCUUCCGGAUAAUCAUCACCACUUGCAGCAGCUCAGGGCUGUUUUACCAAAUAGGAGUGAGAGUUGGACACUUCACUCACGUGUUUGUGGAUGAGGCCGGGCAGGCAAGUGAGCCAGAAUGCCUCAUUCCUCUGGGGCUGAUGUCAGACGUCAGUGGCCAGAUUGUGCUGGCAGGAGACCCCAUGCAGCUCGGCCCAGUCAUUAAGUCCAGACUCGCCAUGGCCUAUGGGCUGAACGUGUCCUUGUUGGAACGGCUGAUGUCUCGACCUGCGUACCAGAGGGACGAAAAUGCUUUCGGUGCUUGUGGCGCACAUAACCCCCUGUUGGUCACAAAGCUGGUGAAGAACUACCGGUCCCACGAGGCCCUGCUGACCCUGCCCUCACAGCUGUUCUACCACAGGGAACUCGAGGUCUGUGCGGACCCUACAGUGGUGACCUCUUUGCUGGGCUGGGAGAAGUUGCCUAAGAAAGGCUUCCCUCUCAUCUUCCAUGGUGUGCGGGGCAGCGAGGCACGGGAGGGAAAAAGCCCAUCGUGGUUCAACCCGGCCGAGGCCGUCCAGGUCCUGCGCUACUGCUGCCUCCUGGCCCAGAGUAUCUCCAGUCAGGUGUCUGCCAGCGACAUUGGCGUCAUCACGCCCUACCGGAAGCAGGUGGAGAAAAUCAGAAUUCUUUUGCGUAAUGUUGAUCUGAUGGAUAUAAAGGUUGGAUCAGUAGAGGAGUUUCAAGGACAAGAGUAUCUGGUCAUCAUCAUUUCGACCGUACGGUCAAAUGAAGAUAGAUUUGAAGAUGAUCGAUAUUUUUUGGGUUUCUUGUCCAACUCAAAAAGAUUUAAUGUUGCAAUCACCAGACCCAAAGCUUUGCUGAUAGUGCUGGGAAACCCCCAUGUUCUCGUUCGAGACCCCUGUUUUGGUGCUUUGCUGGAAUACAGUAUUACAAAUGGUGUUUACAUGGGAUGCGAUUUACCUCCUGAACUGCAGUCUCUGCAAAACUGUGGCGACGGGGUGGCAGACCCCUCCUACCCAGUGGUGCCAGAAUCCACAGGACCAGAGAAGCGUCAGGAGCCCAACUGAUCUGCAGUGGCUGACAGCAGAGAGACCAUGUGUUCGGCCUGGCCACGUUGCCGUUUCCAUCUGCUCCGUGGCUCCUGUGGCCUGCGUUUGUCUCACAGCCAGGCAGGGCUGUGUGUGGGUGUGGGGCUGCCAGGUUGAACCCAGCUGCUGCUGCCCUGACUUUGGCAUAUGCCAGCCUGUUCCUGCCACGGGGCAGUCACUGCCGCCCACCCUGAAAUAAACCCUUGAGUGACCCCCAG